GAAAGUUUUGCAGCCCUGGUUCUUUUUCAACAUUACGAGGUAUCUUCAGCUGUGGUCACACUCGAACCCAAAGUUAUCUGUGCAGAAUGGCCGCCCGCCGCAUCGCCCAAUCCUCGAUCAACUGGUCCGCUCUCGCCGAGCGUGUGCCCGCCAACCAGAAGAGCAGCUUCGGCGCCUUCAAGACCAAGUCGGACAUCUAUGUGCGCGCCGUGCUCGCCAACCCCGAGUGCCCACCCCAGAUCGAUUGGGCCAACUACAAGAAGCUGGUGCCCGUGGCCGGACUCGUCGACAGCUUCCAGAAGCAGUACGAGGCCCUGAAGGUGCCCUAUCCCCAGGACAAGGUGUCCUCCCAGGUGGAUGCCGAGAUCAAGUCCUCGCAGAGCGAAAUCGAUGCCUACAAGAAGGCCUCCGAGCAGCGUAUCCAGAACUACCAGAAGGAGAUCGCCCAUCUCAAGUCGCUGCUCCCCUACGACCAGAUGACCAUGGAGGACUACCGCGACGCAUUCCCCGAGAGCGCACUCGAUCCCCUCAACAAGCCCACCUUCUGGCCCCACACCCCCGAGGAGCAGGUUGGCUACAAGUCCAAGGAGCAGCUGGAGGCUGAGGCCCAGGGACACCACUAAACCGGAGAGCAAGAGGAGGACUCUGACUCUGACUCUGGCUUCGUUGGUCGUCUGUUCGAUUCGAAAUGUAAUCCACGUUGAAGUAAAUUACCCAAAUUAAAUUCAUUUCAAAUGAGA